AGUCCGCCGCGAAUGUGACGUCAUUCGCUAGUCAGCACGUAUUUCGGGGCGGUACGCGGCUAAAGCUAAGAUGCUAAACGAUGUAAUCCUCGAAGAAACCGAUGUUCGUUUUUCUUUCGCUUAGUUACGUGGUUUUUAUUUUCUACGUCGACGCGCAUGGUGACGAGUAGCAAGAAUAAGAAAAGGCGUAUUCUUUAACCGGUUUUGUGAAGGCCAAAAUAAAGAAGAAUGGAAGCGGUGAACGCGUUCAACAUGGAGUUGUUUUCCAUGAUUGACAUGAAGCCUCCGAUAUCUCGAGCGAAGAUGAUGUCUAUCACCAAGGCGGCCAUCAAAGCCAUCAAGCUCUACAAACAUGUGGUCCAGAUUGUUGAAAAGUUCAUCAAGAGGUGUAAACCCGAACUGAAAGUUCCCGGCUUGUACGUGGUGGACUCCAUCGUACGGCAGUCGCGUCAUCAGUUUGGUGUGGACAAGGAUGUCUUUGGGCCUCGCUUCUUGAAGAACUUCACUGACACCUUCCAGAAUCUUUACAACUGCUCGGAGGACGAUAAGAGCAAAAUUGUCCGCGUGUUGAACUUGUGGCAGAAGAACGGCGUGUUUGACAUGGACAUCAUUCAGCCUCUGAUGGACAUGGCGAAUAACGUCCCGUCACCUGUGCCAUCAAUUGAGGAGCUGCAGCCUCCUCCCGCAGCAGCGGCCCCCGUCGCACCUCCAUCACAGAUGCCGACUUGCGAUGCCUUAGCUGCGGUGGCCCAGCUGUUCCAGUCCCCGCAUGGUCAGGAGCUCCAGAGGAUGCUUCACAGUUUGCAGCAGGCAGAAAGGACCCACGCGGCCAGCGGCACAAACGGGCCAAAUGCUCACCAGCUGAAUGCGGCCCAGGCCGAAAUGCUCAAUGCGCACAGUGGAGAAAGAGGCACCCUGGCUGAGAAACUGCUCGACAGGUUUGAGUAUGACGACGAGCCUGAAGAUGUUGCACCAAAUGACCCGGCGGGCUCUUUAAACGUCUCCGGACAGUUGCACGACAUAGAGAUGGCUCAUCCACAUCCACUGGGAAAGAAUGCAGGCAGCCUUGAGUACGGUGGCGUGGCGAGUGAUGCCGAGCGUCACAUGUUGUCCGACGGAUACUAUUCCAGAAGCGACCCCCAGAACUCCAAAUCACAGGCGGAUUCAAGGGAGGAGCCAUCCACACAAAGAGAAAGCCGACAUCGAGCCUAUGGCAGAAGAACAAGAUCUGGCUCCAUAUCUCCGAGGAGAAGAGGGUCGCGAUCGUCAUCGCGCUCGAGAAGGCCAAGGUACCGACGCUCCAGAUCGCGCUCGAGAGAAAGCCGCUGGCGGCGCUCCCGUUCGCAGGACAGAAGCGAGCGAGAGCGCGAUCGAGUGCGCCGGCAGAAAGGUCUCCCGAGCAUGAAGAGCCAGACUCUCAGUGUGUGCAGCACCACACUGUGGGUUGGUCAACUGGACAAAAAAACACAGCAGUCGGAUGUCAUCUCUCUCCUGGAGGAAUUUGGCCAAAUUGAGUCUGUCAACAUGAUUCCGCCAAGGGGUUGUGCUUACAUCGUGAUGGUCCACAGACUUGACGCCUACACGGCCUUGAACAAGCUCAGUCGGGGCUCGUACAAAGUCAAUCAGAAACCUGUGAAGAUUGCGUGGGCGUUAAACAAAGGCAUAAAGGUGGCGCACAAAAAGUUCUGGGACGUGGAGCGAGGAGUCACCUACAUCCCCUGGGCCAAAGUGAAAGCCGAGGAGCUGGACAGCUAUCGAGCAGGUGGAAUGCUGGACCCCGACACGCUCAGCGAAGAGUGGAAAAGCGUUCUGGACCUAAACAAGCAUCCGAUGGCGGGCGCGAACGGCACGUUGGAAAACGCGCCGGCAGACGGGAGCGUCGAGGCUCAGAUUCAGGUUCCUGGCUUCCCACAGGUGGGGCCCAUGGGAAGCCCGCCUCAGUUCCUGCCCCCGGGCAUGCUGUCUCCCUCGGGGGGCUUGAUGUUGAUCCCACCAGAGUUGAAGCCUGACGCCACUGCAGCAGCCGUCAAAUCCCCAACGGAGUUGACGCCCACGCUCGAAGGAGACAAGCCCUCGGACCGCCAGCUCGGCUCCCCCGUCGGCCCCGUCAUCAACCUCCAGGCCCCUCCGCCGGGACUCCCCCCGAUGCAUCCCAGUCAUCCUCCUCACCUGCCACCCUUCCACUCGCCCCCCAACGCGCCGCGCCCCAUGAUGCCCGCAGGACCCACGUUCCCCCCGGAAAGGUUCCGGAUGGCUUUGCCCUUCCCCCCUCGCGGACCCAUGCUCCACCACCGGCCCCCUUUUAUGCAGCCGGAGGGCAUGAUGGUGGGGCGCGCGGGCCCCCCUUUUAGAGGGAGGCCGUCCUUCGGAGGCCCGGCCCCGCACCACCCAAGGGGGGGCUGGUGAUAAACCUCUCGUUGUCAUUUCAUCAAAACAAGAACAACGACUAAAACCAAACUGGCUGUAAAUACUGUACAUGCUUGCCAGCCUUUGCUAUCUUUUUGUAUAUUUGAAGGAAAAAGAAUCUAGUUUACGUGUUAAGGUACUGGGACAAAAAAAAUAGCUUUAUUGACAAUUCUUACGUCUAGAAGGAGCCAAAAGUGUGUUUUUUUUUUGUUUGGUCACCUUUACUUCUUCAACUUUUCAUGCAAAAAGAUAAAAGCUGUUCUGUUGUUGUGGCGCCCUCCAGUGGCAAAACUGCCGCCAUGAACAACCACCAUCCUGGCGGUAUCAUCAUGUGACGUGAAUUAAAAAUGAAAAUAAGGACACCUUGCAUUGAAUGUCCGACUGUCCGUUUUGUUAUGUUAAAUUCAUUUUAAUAGGCGUGACAUUGUUGCGAACUGGGGCGAUCCAAGCAAAAUAGCUAAAUAAUUUUGCCACUCGUGGUCGCAGUCAGUUUGACGAAAGUCAUAUUUUUCUCGUCCAUAUUCUGUGAAGUUAGCAACAAUUGGUCUCCUUGUGACGAGACUCGCCUCACAAGCACAAGCUGUCAUCGCAUUUGUCCGCGCCAGUGAUUGAAGUUAACAUCGGGAACAUGUUACAGUGGGUUGAGAAAGAAUUGAGAAUUUUUGUAAAUAUAUACUGUACAGUCAUCCACAAAAUAUUGACAUAUAAAUAUUCCAAUCCUUUGA